AUGGAUCAUUUCGCAAGCAAGGCUCUGUUUGGGAGGGAAGUGGAUGGAUCUUUGGGCAACAUUGAUGACUUGGCUCAACAGUAUGCAGAUUACUAUAAUACUUGCUUUACUGAUGUAUGUGAGAGAAUGGAAGAGUUGCGCAAACGGAGAGUUUCCCAAGACCUUGAUGUGGAGAAAUGUGAUGCCAGCUCCACAUCUCUACAGCUGCGAUCCCAGAUUGAAGAAUCCCUUGGCUUCAGCAGUGUUGUAUCAACCCCAGAAACAGAAAGAAAGCUCUCCCUCCAUAAAUCAAGUUCUGAAGAAAGCUCUGUAGGUAAAGCAGAUUGGAAAAAGAAGAACAAGUAUUUCUGGCAAAAUUUUCGAAAGAAUCAGAAGGGGCUAAUGAGGCAGUCUUCGAAAGGAGAAGAUGUUGGUUACGUGGCUAGUGAGAUCACAAUGAGUGAUGAGGAGCGGAUCCAGCUAAUGAUGAUGGUCAAGGAAAAGAUGAUCACUAUUGAGGAAGCACUUGCAAGGCUUAAGGAAUAUGAAGCACAACAUCGGCAGUCAGGCAGCAUGGACUCUUCUGACUGGCCUGAUGGUCCUUACCCAACUCUUGAUGGUUCUUCCAAUUGUAACUCAAGAGAGCAAUCGGAUGAUGAAUCGGAAGAAUCGGUGAAGUUUAAGAGACUGCAUAAGUUGGUCAACUCAACUCGCAGGGUCAGGAAGAAAUUAAUAAGAGUAGAAGAAAUUAAAAAAAACAGCUCUGAAGGGGUGGAAGAGCAUUCAUUUGACAGCUCUCCAGUACCAGAUGACAGAUCAGCACUUUAUUCUGGAGUUCAAAAGAAGCAGUGCUACUUGGAUAGCUCUUCUGAGAAGCAACCAGAUGAUGACUCAGACUCACUCACCACGUCUCCUUCAUCUAGCAGCCUAGACACUUGGGGUACUAACAAGAAGUUGCUCAAGACCUUUAGUAAAUCUGACAGCCGUGGCCUUAUUAAGCCACCAAAGAAGAUUGGGACAUUCUUCUCCUACCCCGAAGAGGAAAAAACUCCAAAAGUUUGUCGCUCUUUGACAGAUGGGGAGAUGAAGAAGAACCUCGGCUCUCUGAGCCAUGGGAGGACCUGCAGCUUUGGUGGAUUUGACUUGACAAAUCGCUCAUUACACAUUGGAAACAAUUUGGACCAAAUGGGCAAAGAUGGUGAUUUUGUUUACAAAGAAGUGAUCAAAUCCCCUUCGACUUCCCGCAUAUCCCUUGGCAAAAAGGUGAAAUCUGUAAAAGAAACUAUGAAGAAACGAAUGUCAAAAAAAUAUAGCAGUUCUUUGUCAGAGCAGGACUCCAGCCUGGAUGUAAUGCCAGAAUCCCCUCAGUCACCACAGCCAGACACUGAUUGUCUAGAUAAGCCGAAGCUGAAAGCUGGUGGUUCAGUAGAAAGCUUGAGAAGCUCCUUAAGUGGUCAGAGUUCAAUGAGUGGACAGACAAUAAGCACAACAGAUUCCUCAGCCAGCAACAGAGAGAGUGUCAAGUCUGAAGAUGGUGAUGACGAAGAACUUCCAUACAGAGGACCUUUCUGUGGCCGUGCCAGGGUUCAUACGGACUUUACCCCCAGCCCCUAUGACACUGACUCCCUGAAGCUAAAGAAGGGUGAUAUCAUUGAUAUAAUCAGCAAACCUCCCAUGGGUACCUGGAUGGGUUUGUUGAACAAUAAAGUGGGAACUUUCAAAUUCAUCUACGUUGAUGUCUUAAAUGAAGAGGAAGAGAAGCCAAAAAGGCCAACAAGGAGGCGACGAAAGGGAAAACCUCCUCAGCCCAAAUCUGUUGAAGAUCUCCUCGAUCGCAUCAACUUAAAGGAACACAUGCCCACCUUUCUGUUCAAUGGCUAUGAAGACCUAGAUACCUUUAAGCUUUUGGAGGAAGAAGAUUUGGAUGAGCUCAACAUUCGGGACCCUGAGCAUAGAGCAAUUCUCUUGACAGCAGUGGAAUUGCUUCAGGAAUAUGACAGUAACAGUGAUCAUUCAGGCUCUCAGGAGAAACUCCUCACAGAUGGCCAGAAUCUAAGUGGAUGCUCCCCCCGGGAUUCAGGCUGCUACGAAAGCAGUGAAAACCUGGAGAAUGCUAAGAGUCGAAAACCUUGUCUUCUACCCUCAAAAUUGGCCAAUGAAUACAGUUUUAAGGAUUUCCACAGAAAUCCUUUGUCUACUCUGCCAUUGACUAAAUCAAUAGACGGCCUUCAGGAAAGAGAAAAAAUACAACUUAGUUGUAUGCAUCAUGUUAAAAAGAGUUGCCUCAAGCCCACUGCAGUCAUGUCUCUGAAGAAGAACCGCAGAAGUUUACCAGUUGGCAUCUGUCAAAGCUGUGGGACUCCAGAAGGCAACCAGAGGAUGCUUAUGUGGCCAAGAUCUCAUUCUCUGGGAGACCUCCAGGGAGAAAUUGAUACCAAGAUAGAAGACUCUGAAACGAAGGUGGAUAGUUUCCCUCAAGGUGCACUAGAUCUAACAAAAAAAUCAAUUAGCUUCGAUGGUAGUGGGCAGAUGACAGAACAGUUGGUGGCUAAAAAUAAAGGUGGUGCUGUUUCUCUUAAGGGAAAAGCGAAGGAACUGCCUUUUCCCACAGCCAUCCCUUCCAGUGGAACAUUUCCUCUGUUCCUGCCUCGGAAUAGUGAAGUUCAGUCAUCUUUACUUUCACGUGACAUAACAUGGACACUGCUUGAAAACCAUAAAAAAAGUAGUUCUGAUGUUGGAAGGACUGAUCAUUCUCCAGUCCUCAAGGAAAUUAAAGAAGCUGAACAGAAGUAUGUGGGUGAGGGAAGAAUACUGCCAAAAACCUCCUCACAGCCACCGCCAGUCCCUGCCAAAAAAAGCAGAGAACGACUUUCUAAUGGACAUUGUCAUCCCCCUUCAGUUCCUUGUAGUCCAGAUGCGCCAUCUUUGCCAGCAAAAAAGACCACCUCAUCUAUCCCUAUUGAUGCCCAAGUACUGACCUUUUGCAAGUCAUCUGAACAGGAGCCCAGUAGCCCUUCAUGUGUACGGCCUCCUUGGUUUUCAGAUCUUCCAGAGACUUCUAGCAUCCAGCAACACAUCCUAAAACUAGGUCCUUCUUCUGCAAGGAAAACCUCCUGUAAUAGAGGGCUGGAUCUGGAAAUGUUGAUAGAAAAUAAGCUGCUGUCUGAAGAUAUUGAUCUCACAGAAGACCCUUAUUCUGACAAGCAUGGUCGCUGUGGGAUUCCUGAAGCUUUGGUGCAAAGAUACUCUGAAGACCUAGAGCAGCCUGAAAAGGAAGUUGCUACAAACAUGGACCAGAUCCGGGUGAAGCAGCUGAGGAAGCAACACCGUAUGGCAAUUCCAAGUGGCGGCCUCACUGAAAUCUACCGAAAACCUGUCUCCCCUGGACAUAUCACCUCUAUAGCUGAUUGGCUGGUUUCUAUUGGCCUCCCAAUGUACUCAAGUUCCCUCGUGGCAGCAGGAGUUAAUGACCUAAGCAAAGUGCCUUCUCUGUCACCAACUUGCCUUCAGGAGGCUGGCAUCAGAGAAGAGAGGCACAUCAGCAAACUUCUUGCAGCAGCAAGAGUCUUCAAUUCUGAGACUAUGUAACGUGGCCCUGGAAUGCAGCAUCUGCCUCCUGAAGAAUCUACAGUUCCUUCAGUAUCCAUUUCAUCUAUGAUUUCUUCAGAGGACCAAGCAAAACAGGUUCCUAAGGAAGAAUGAAUCUCUUAUCUUUUGGUCAUGCAUAAAGGAGAAUAGAAGCAGCUGUCAACUGAGGGGGAACUCCCUAAUUCCAACCCUCCCUUCUCGAACAGAAGACACGAGAAAUUAUUCUAGUUCCUUAAAAGACUCUGGGCCUGAUGGGAUUGUCUGUGUCGGCUGCAAAAAAAGAGAUCAUUCUACGUACUCAAAAAUAUUUAAAAACUAGACCAUCUAAACCCUAGGAAUUAGGAAAGGAUGGUGGAGGGAAGAGAAUACUGUUAGGACUCAGGAUGCUUGGGGUUACCUCACUGGUAAAAAAGGUAAUUCACUGAUCGCCAUUCAUGGUUACAGUCCUAAAUCUACAGACAAGUAAGUACGUCCUAGAGGAAGUGAGGACCCCUCCAUGAGCAGACACACCCAUGGAUGUAUUAACCGGGGCUCUCCACGUACCCUUUUCAUUCUGGCAAUCAGAUGUACAA